CGGCGGCAGCGGUUGAAUUUCUAUACCGCUAUUUGUCAGGAUGGCAACAUACGAUGCUAUGUACUAAGGAGAUGGACGAAGGUGAAAUUUAGUAUUUAAUGUAGCUAGGGCUCGCAGAUAUUUUCCAAUGGAAGAAAUCAUCAUCAUCAGAAGCAAAGCUGCCUUGUCAAGACUACCUCUUUAACCUACUGAAAGUACCUAACUAUAAAAUAUCUUAAGCUACUCUCUUUUACUCUAAAUCAAAAUGCCUGCUAGACGUUACGAUUCGGCCGCCGUCGAUGUUUCGCCUCUGGGCCAACCUCUCAAGUUCGAGUUCUCCGGGAAGGUUGCAAAGAAUCGCUUCUACAAAGCCUCGAUGGCUGAGGAUCUAGCAACCUGGAAUGUUGAUAAUCUCGAGGAGCGUGGUAUCCCGACCAAGGAGCUCAUUGACUUAUAUCGAAUAUGGGGAGAGAAUGAGUGGGGUAUUAUUGCUACCGGAAACAUUGAUAUCGAGUUUGAUAUGCUAGAUGCUGUCGGCGAUGCCAUCAUUACUCCAGAAUGCCCCCUUUCAGGCCCACGCUUUGAAGCGUUUCAAGAGAUGGCCAAAGUAACCAAGGCGAAUGGUAGCUUGAUCGUGGCUCAGCUUACACAUCCCGGGCGCCAACUGGCCGCCAGGAUUAGAGAGGACACGAUUGCACCGUCGGCGAUUCAGCACCCCCCGAAAAAUGGUUCAGUCUACGCCAAGCCCCGGGAGGCCACGAAGGAAGACAUCGCACGUGUCAUCGACGGGUUUGCACACGCCGCCGAGUACCUAGAUAAAGCUGGGUUCGACGGCAUUCAACUUCACGGAGCACACGGAUACCUGAUCGCACAGUUCCUGUCCGAGCUUUCAAACCAGCGUACCGAUGAGUACGGCGGCAGCAUCGAAAACCGCCUACGUUUUGUUUCCGAGAUCGCCAAGGAGAUCAAGAGACGCGUGCGCCCAAACUUCAUCGUCGGUAUCAAGGUGAACUCAGUCGAGUUCCAAGAGAAGGGCAUCAAACCCGCAGAAGCCCGCAUCAUGUGCGAGACCUUCCAGGCGCUGGAAUUCGACUACGUCGAGCUGUCGGGCGGCAACCACGAGGACAUCGGGUACGGCUCCAAGAAGGAGACCACGCUGAAGCGCGAGGCGUACUUCCUCGAGUUCGUCCGCGACAUCGUCCCGCACCUCUCCCAGACCAAGAAGAUCCUCACCGGCGGGUUCCGCACGACGGCCGCCAUGGUAGACGCCCUCCACAUCCUCGACGGCAUCGGCCUCGGCCGCCCCGCUGCGCAGGAGCCUCGGCUCGCGGCCGAUAUCCUAUCCGGGAAGGUCGCGAGCGCCGUUCGGCCGGUCGACGGCGUCGUGAACGACGUCAUACUCUCCCUGAUGAGCGCGGGCUCGCAGAUGACGCAGGUAGUCAGGGGCCAGGAACCGUUCGACCUCAGCGACGAGAAGGCGUUUGCGAGCUUCCAGGCGGACCUGGGGGCUCAUUUCCAGAGGUUCGCGGCGGCCGGUGGAAGCUUGGAGUUCCGCGGCUUCCCGGAGAUAAGCGAUCCUGAUAAUACUUCGCAUCCGUAUGGUGUUCCUUAUUAGAUAGAUCAGAUGGUUUAGACUAGAAGGGCUAUUGGGGUUUUGCGCUCAAGUUUCAUUAUUGUCUUAGGUACUUUGAGUAUUUUGGUUAGCAGUUCGACAUACCUAUAGAAUAACAUGUGUUAAUAGAUAAAUACGAUAGAUAAUGCAUAUAUACUCGAUACCUUCUUAACAUUUGAACUAGGUACUUUGAAUAUUAAACUCAUUAUAUAUAGGUACCUAACUUUAAGAUGAAGCUCAAGGCAUCGAUGGUGCUAACCACGACGACUUAUAUAUCGAAACGCAUAUAGGCAUAAUGCUUUAUGAAUGCAUAAGAGAUAUGCAAUAUAUAAUGCCAAGAAUUCCUCUUUUACG